CAUUCCUCUUCCAUAGGGUAUUGAGGUCCUUCAUUUAUCUUCAGGCCGUCCAUUGUUCUCUCUGCCCCUCUCCUCCACUCAUGCUGCUCAUGGUGACAUUAAUUCUGACGGAGUCAUUGAACACAUUAAUGCUGUCAUUAACCCUGGGGAAGAGUACAAGCCUGGUGAUAUCAUCAAUAAACAUGAUGAAAUGGACUGUUUUGGACAAGCUGUUUCUAGCAAUAACAAAAGGAUAUUCAGACACUCGGUGUGUAAAGCUACCCACUGGACUGAGACAUUCAUUGCAACUGAAAAGUGGAUACCGAAAUUGAAUCAGUACAAGCGUAAGAAAGUUAAUCACGGGAACACUGAACCAUUCACUCCUUUAUUAAUUGAGAGUCCUUCCCACCAACAUCCUCUCAAAGUAUCCACUCUAAGACGUAACUCCUCCUUCUCCCUCCCAGUGGGCGUGGCCUAUGACUCCAUAUUCCUAUUAAGUAGUGGGCGUGUCACAAGUAUUGGACCCCGAGGACAGUUCAACUGGCAGACUGACACUGAAGCAGAUUGGGAUUUUGCUACUGAUACUAUUUAUAGUAACAAUGAGUCGCCGGUAGGUGGGGCUGAAGGGGGCGGGGACAAGAAGAGGAAGAUGGAGUAUGACUUUGUUAGUGAGUCAUUCAGACCAUCAAUGUCAGCUCUAGCUCUUAAAUCAUACGGAAAGAAAGAUCAUAUACUACUGAUAGGCUGGUAUUCAGUGACAGUAUUGGAUGCUACUGAUGGUUCAAUACUAGUCCAACACAUACUCUCAUCUCCUCCUUUAUCCAAACCAGUCAUUAGUGACUUCACUGAUGAUUCAUCCAAUGACAUUAUAAUACAAACACAACAUGGUCUGAUAGGAUUAUCACUGGUCCAUAGAUCAGGUUUCCUCCACUCCACUAUAUUGUCAUUGUUCAUUGGAUUCAUUAUUGUCCUGGUGGCUGUGUACACUAGACAGAGAACUGGUUUCCUCAUGCCUAAAAUAAAAGAGGCACAAGAUUAACUAACUGAGAAUUGAUUAGUGGCAUUUUGUGUCUAUGUGUGUGUCUUUUAUAUUGAUAUUACAUAAUUUUACUAAUUUACUUGCUCUAUUCUAACAAUAAGGAAUUAUGGUUGUUGCUAAUUAUGAUUGUACAUGGGAGAUUACUAUUACACAGAUCCAUUA